CAGUUUGGUUCUGUGCAUGCAACGGGUCAAGGCGUGCGAUAAAGACGACUGAUACCAGCCACUUCCUGGUCCAUGCUCCCUAGCCGCGGGACACUGCCUUGGAGCUGGUGCAUGUCGACAUAGCUCAUGCACAUGCUAUCGUCCCCUUCAGCGCCUUUCGCCUGGUCUGUCGCGCUCUAGACUGCUUCGCUGCCUCUGCUUAUAGGUUGUUGAUUGAUUGGAAGAAUUGCGCGCGCAGACAGCCACCAUGUCGCUGUUCGGCGAUGACGACGAGGUGCCGGCGCGCUCCAAGGCGACCGGCCUCUUCGACGACGACCAGAAGCCCGCAGCCAAGUCCGGCAGCGGGCUCUUCGACGACGGCUUCGACAGCAACGACUCGCCGUGGGCGUUUCCCGCGGCGAAGAAAGGCGACCGCGGGUCGCUGGUCAAGUCGCUGCUCCCAGCGGCGGACGUGCCCGACGCCUACAUCGACGCCUUCGACGCUCUGCUCGACGCCGGGGACCGCACCGGCAAUGGCAUCAGUGUUGACGGCGCGCGGAAGCUGCUGGCGAGCAGCGGGAUCCCGGGCGACACGCAGUCCAAGAUCCUCGAGAUCGUGGCGCAGCCCGACCAGGACGCCGCCGGGCUCGGUAGGAACGAGUUUAACGUGCUGUUUGCACUGGUCGGCCUCGCGCAGGAGGGCGAUGAUGUCACGCUGGACAGCGUCGACGAGCGCAAGCGGAACCUGCCCAAGCCGACUGUCACGCUGCCCACGACCGCGAAGCCAGACCCGCCCGCGCCCGCACCGCAAGACCCGCCACCGCAACCCGCCAUGCCGCACCGCCUGUCCGAGCAGCAGUUGCCGAGCCCGGGCAGGAAUCGCGCGUCGUUCCGCAAGCAGUCGUUUGGCGACCCCGAGGCCGAUCCCUGGGGCAGUCCGGACCUGCACAAAGGGCACAAUCACAACAGCUAUACGGCAGUGCCGCCGCAGUCGAACGGCACACACCCGCCCCCGACCGUGCGCACGACGAGCCAGUUCACCACACAAUCCACCUCCGACCAGAGAGCACCACAGGCUGCAGCGCCGCCCAGCUCUCUGCCCAGCGAUGGCGGCUGGGGCGGCUACAACGGGGCCACCGGCCAGCCGUUCGCCACGCCCAACCUCGAUGCGGGCGGCUUCCAGGACGCGCCAGCCGGCAACGGCCCCAGCCACGCAUCUCGCCUGAGCGGGUCGCUGGGACGCCUGCCCAGCGGACCUGGCAACGAGGAGAUCAUCACCAUCACAGCCAUUGCCGAGAAGGAGGGCCUGUUCAUGUUCCAGCACCGCAACUAUGAGGUGGGCAGCAACCGCCGCGCGAACAAGGUCGUCCGCCGGUACAGCGACUUCGUGUGGCUGUUGGACUGCCUGCACAAGCGCUUCCCGUUCCGCCAAUUGCCUCUGUUGCCGCCGAAGAGAGUAGGCAUCAACGGCAACCCUAUAGCCGCGGAUGCGAGCUUUCUUGAGAAACGGAGAAAGGGCCUGGUGCGCUUCACCACGACGCUGGUCCGCCACCCCGUCCUCUCCCAAGAGCAACUCGUCGUCAUGUUCCUCACAGUGCCUACAGAACUGUCUGUCUGGCGCAAACAAGCCAACCUCUCCGUGCAAGAAGAAUUCACCGGCAAAACCCUCCCCCCGGACCUCGAAGACUCGCUGCCCAAAACCCUCCCCGAGCUCAGCGAAACCGUGCGCUCGGGCGUCCGCCGCAGCGCAGAGAACUACAUCAACCUGUGCACCAUGAUGGAGCGCCUCACGCGCCGCAACGACGGCCUGGCCGCAGAAUACUCCCGCUUCGCCGCCGCCCUCACAUCCCUCGCUGAUAUCUCCGCCGACACGUACGCCGUCGACACCAACGACGUGCCCCUCCUCAACGAGGGGCUGGCGGCUACCGCCCGCCACCUCGACGCCUCCAAGCAGCUGCUCGAGGACGAGGCGCGCGCCUGGGACCUGGGUGUGCUGGAGGAUCUCAAGCGCCAGCGCGACACGCUGGUCAGCAUGCGGGAUCUGUUCGACCGCAGGGAUAAGUUCGCGCGCGACAAUAUUCCCGCGCUGGAGCGGCGGAUUGCGGGGAAUGAGGCCAAGCUGGUGGGGAUUCGGAAUAAGCCCGCCGAGCUGGUGAAGCCGGGUGAGGCGGAGAAGGUUGAGGAUGCUAUUUCCAAGGACAAAGAAUCCAUAGUCCACCAACACGCCCGCGGCGUCUUCAUCCAAGAGUGCAUCCGCGACGAGCUCCUCACGUUCCACAAGAGCAUGUACCACGUCUCCCGCCUGCACCAGGAGUACAGCCAGGAGCGUGUCAAGUAUGCCGAGCUGCAGGCGGAUAAUUGGCGCGCGCUGGUUGAGGGCGUGGAGAGUAUGCCGGGGGGGGAGUAGGGUGGCUUCCAGGGAACAGGGUGGAGGGGGU